CCUUCAUGUACGACGGAAGGCGUAAAGACAAGGAUCCUUGGGAACGCCUGACGCCUUUGGGUCUCCAAUGGGGGAAUGAUCCUCAGCUUGACCAGCAAGCCUACGAGAGCGGAGAAAGAGUCAGAGAGUCGUGGGUGAAUCCAGCCGCCAACGAUCUUCUCGAGGUGCUGCACAGUAGCCGACCCAUGUGGGGUUGGAACGGACGUUUGAAUGGCCCCGCCGAUAACUUCAUCUCAGCAUGUGCUUCCUGUCACUCUACAGCUGUUCGCUCCCGCGCCCUUCCUCUACUCACACAGGAGACUGUCAUCCGCACCAAGCGUGGUACGUACGUCCCCGCGGGAUGUAAGGACGGCGUGACCCGGGGCUGCGACGCGGCUGCCAUGGAAUUCUUCCGGAACAUACCAGCUGGAAAACCAUACAGGGCGGGUCAGAUAUCCGCGGACUACAGUCUACAGUUGAUGAUGGGAUGGAUGAAUUACCAGCAGUGGUUGAGAGAUAACAAGCAGGAGGGAUGGGGAGAGCGAACUUGGAGAGGGUUGACUGGACGGCAGGACAUAUAUGUGACGCGGCUAGCGAGGAUGGGCGCAUCCCCUACGCAUGUAGACGAGUGAACCUUUUUCGAUAGUAUCUCCAGCGUCGGCUCUCUUCAGGCUUGAAUACAAGACAGGAUUUCGGCAAA